ACGUGAGGCCGCCGCAGGGCUGGGGAAAUCGCGCCGUUGAGAAAUAAGCCGAUGGGAUGCUCCAAGGCUAGGGAGCGGCGGGGAGGGAGGAGCCUCCCUGCAGGUCCCAGGGCGCUUUAAAUUCUUCGGUACAGGGGCAACCCCGUGCACUCUUACCUGCCAGUGUGCAGCCAGUGUCGCCUCUCUGCACUCCUGGGGACUCGUCAUCUGAUUUAGGUGGACGAUGCUGUUGCUUAAUUGCAACCUGGAGGAGGAUGGCCUCAAGAAUUUGUUGGAGACAGGAGCAUCAGUCAAUGCACCCCCGGAUUCCCGUGAGCAGUCGCCUGUUCACCUGGCUGCAGGUGGCGGCCUUGCUUGCUUUCUUCUCUGGCAGCUGCAGACAGGCGCUGACCUCAACCAACAGGAUGUUUUAGGGGAAACUCCACUACACAAGGCAGCGAAAGCUGGAAGCCUGGAAUGCCUUAGCCUCCUUGUGGCCAGUGAUGUCCAGAUUGACUUAUGUAAUAAGAAUGGGCAAACAGCUGAAGAUCUUGCUUGGUCGUGUGGCUUUCCAGAAUGUGCCAGGUUUCUAACAAUGAUUAAAUGCAUGCACACAACAAAAUCAUCAAGUGAGCAAGUCGAGCGUGAUCCCCGUGCUCCGGCGCUGAGACAGAAACGAGGUUUCCGAAGUGUGGAGAACACGGCUUUGAAGAGGAAGUGUUGAAAGAUGUCUUGUUGGACAAGAGGUGGCUUACAGAAGGCUUCACUUCAGACUGAUCUACAAGCCAUGGCCUUGGCUUACUACAUGGCUAAACUCCUGAGGAGGAAAACUUUCUUCUAAGUGAAGAGAACAUUCAUGAAUACAUGU